CCCGCUCUCCGCUCGCCUCCGGUCGAUGAACCGCUCCACUCUCGGGGUCCGAACCGCUCGUAAGCGCCCGUCGCAAUCUACCUCAUCCAUAUUGAUUUUCCCAGAAGCGCGUCAUCGCUCAUUUUCAUUCAUGGAGCCGGUAGUAGAUCGUCUAUAAUUGUGUCGUCGUUACUGAAGCUCGCUGAAAGUCUCCGUUGCGACACAGUCUGUAUGAAAUUAUGAAAAAAAAGAUUAUAUUUUAAUUCAUUGCUGAAACGUUACUAUAGUGUCCUAAAAAUUGUGACAAGAUAUUGAAUAUGUCUUUGUCUGUAUGAAGUAUGAAGUAUGAUAAUAGAGGACAGCAGGUAACCAGGAUGGAUGUGAGUGGAAAUUGGUACUAGAGAGGAUCGAUAGCGCGCCUUCGUGUCGACUGUGGAAGUUUUCAACUGUAUCGACGCAACACGGUGCGCUGACUGAACACGGGCUAUCGAUCGAUGGAACGACGAGGGGUGGAGCCGGUACGCCGAGCUGCGGAGGGGUGCGGCGAGGGACGGCGAGGGGUCGGGCGGCCCCCAGGCAUCGAUCGGGCGGCGGGCGGCGGGCGCUAGUAGGCGCAUAUCCGCGCGGCCGGCAGCGCGCCACCGACCGGCCCCUGCUGAGGCCCGCGCCCCCGGCGGCUCGGCCUGCAGCGGCAGCAACACGAGGCGGUGCACCCCGGGGGGUGGGUGGAGGGAACCCUCUAUUUCCACUGACGAUCAUAUCUCACCCGAAACGCACUACAGAUUUCCCUCACCGAAAGAUCUAGCGGCAAAGAUGGAGGGUGGUGCAGGAGUAGGAAGCGUCGCUUCUCUCACGAUGGACUGCGAGGACAUGUUUAAAGAAAUUACAAAAAAACUGUACGGAGAAGAGGCGAGUGUGGGUGUAGGAGUGAACGGUGUGGUGGGUGUAGAGUUCCCAGCAGCAGAACGGGAUCUGCACGACGAUGAGCUGCGCCCCGAAGAACAUAUUACGGCUUGGGGUCUGGCCGCACUUAUGCAAAACGGCUUCCCCCCACCAGGGAUUUUGCAGGCCAAUUUCACGCCCCGCACCGACCCUACAGCAGAGGACCGUUGGACUGCUGCCGAGGAACCGCUUGCGUGGGCGCAUUCUCGCGUAGCCGCCUAUAACCCUGCUCAGAGGCUGUUCAAGUGCGCCGAAUGCGAAUGCGUAGGAUUUCUGGCGCGCGUCGCCGAACACUGGCUAGGAACACACUCACAGGCACGAGCCUUUCAAUGUCCCUUAGCAGGUUGCGGGUUCGCAAGCGGCUGGGCCCGCGCUGUACGCCAGCACCUGGCCAGAGACCACCACUCCGACCCCGCCGCCGCAGACCACCUACUGCGAGAAAAUCCUGCAUUGGACGACCUCACACGCUACCUUCAGCGAUUGAAAACAAAGGUGGACAGCGCGCGUAACGAAAGACGAGUCGGCAGCGGAGGAAGCGUUGCGGGCCCACCCACGGUCGUGAUCGCAGAGGGCGGAGCGCCACAAACCGACACCGCAGCUGAUGGUUCCAAGCGCUACGCCUGCGCCGCCUGUCCCUACGCCACCGACCGCCGCGACCUCUUCACCCGUCACGAAAACAUCCAUCGCGAUGAAAAACCGUUUCACUGUUACCUCUGCCAGAAACAAUUCAAUCGUGCGGAUCACGUUAAAAAACAUUUUCUGCGUAUGCACAGGGAUCAGCCAUACGAUUUAAAUAGAAUAAGACGCACUAACGGGAAAGGUGUCGUCAGCGCCGGUUCGAUGUAUUGCGGCGGAGGUGGCGGGGGUGCGGGCGGUGGAGGAGGGGAUGGUGUGGUGAACGCUAGCGCAGGGAAGUCGGUAGAGGCGAGCAUGCCGGCCCUCACACAGGCACCGCCCGAGUGUCGAGCUCCGACAGUGAAGAUGGAACGACCUCCGCUCAUAAAAGCCGAUACCCCUUCGACAGCGCCACACAAGACUUCCACGGCUAGCCCCGUCCGAAGAAAGGGCGAACGUAGAUAUGCCUGUUGCUAUUGUGCGUGGUCGGGUGUAGACAACUGGUGCUUGAAACGGCAUCUCAACACGCACCUUAAACCGUUCGCGUGCGCCCUUUGCGAGUACAAGGCGGCCCGAGCCGAGCGUCUCGCGACACACGUCCACAAGGUUCACAACAAGAAAGCCUGCGCCAAGUGUCCUUUCCUCGCCGACGACCCACAACAGCUUGCGCUACAUCUACGAGACGCGCAUCACAUCGAAAGUCGCAAUUUGAAAGUUCCAUCGAGUGUCGGACGAACCGGCUUCGUAGGCGGGUCGCAGGGAGCCAUCGUUGGAGCCGGCGUCGUGCAAAGUUCUUCAGGAGCGGGCGGCGGUUCAGCAGCGGCAUCGGGAGGAGCGACCGGCGCUGGCGGAAGUGGAGCUGGUGUCAGCGGUAGCAGCGUGGGAAGCGCAGGAGUGAACCCAUCUGGAGCUUCUACUGGCAGCGGAGGCGGGGCGGGCGGCGCAGCAGGUGGAGGGCGGCGGCGCGAGACGCGGGCGGCGGGGGCCGCUAGACUGUUCGGGUACCUGGAGGCGUCGGACGGCUCCGGAGACGAAUAUGAGCCGCCGACCGUCCUGGCCGGAGACUUUCCCGCAACGCCGCACUACACGCGAGACAAGGAGAACGCGGCGCCGCAGCCACUGCACCACUCCAUGCAACACCACGACCACUGCUUGCGCUACUAGCCCUAUCACCGUUCUUUUAUUACACGCCUUCCAUUCCACGGACGGAUGAGUUUCAUUGCCGCGAUGUUCCCGAAUGCGAAUAAAAAGUCGACAAUGAUGCUUUUGGCAUUUCGACCUCGAGAAAACCCCUUUUUGGCUGCCAUUAAAUAUCCAUAACGAAACUGCUAAAAUUUUAAACUCAAACGUUAAUAAAUAUUAUAGUGAUCGAUUAAAAAAAAUUAUGUGUACCGAACACAUUAUUGCCGAUUAAACUAAACAGAUAAAUAUUGUAGUAUUAAAGGUACCCAUCCCACAGAUUAGUUUACUUACUUCUACUUUUCCAAGUCCUUAGACUUGAAAGAUCGCCUCUCGAAGGAAGGCUAGUCAAGGGCAAAAAAAAUGUGUAGAUAUGUGGAGGAAAAGAAAAUACUAAGUGGCGGAAGUCAAAGACAGGGUGAAUAGAUAUGGGCCUAGGUUACAAAAUCUGAAGGACUUUAACAUUUAAUAAUAUUAUAACAGGAAACAGAUUUCAGCACUCAGUUGUGUUAAUUGUUUACUUCGUGUAUAUAAUUGUUUGUGAAGUUGAUCUGUGCACUGCAUGUAGCUAAGGAAGAAUUAAUUCGACUUUUUACUAAAUUAUGGUCGCAUAGUAAUUCUAGUUUUAUUAAAUAGUUUUCUCACAGCGUCUUUUCUGCUUUGAUUAUUGGACUUGGUAAUCAUUUCUGUCAUUAUCUGAUCUUCUUUCUGACGUUAUUUAUCCUGAAAGUUACUUUGAACCGAUUCUUUAUUUUUGUUUCCAGGUAGACAGUUCUGAAAUACUUGCGAUCCUUCUCUUAUUUUUAGUGUCAAAUAUCUGUUUUUUUCUCUGUGUUCAGUUUAACUAAGUGUUUCCAUUGGGGAAACCUUUGUGUUCCCUGAUAAUCGUCAUUCUUAAGUUUUUUAGUGUAAACAUUGUAAAGAGUAGAAAUAAUUUUUAUAUAGUGAAAUACUUACAUAAUUUCAUAAUAAAGAAAAAGUUUGUCAUAUACUAUUCAAGGUUUUUGAGACAUCUUCGAAGAUCAUGGAGUAAAAAAUGUAACAUUAUAUAAAAUGCGUAUAAAGAAUGAAAUGUAAAUAAAUAAAAAUUAAAAAGUA